GGGGAAAUACUUUUCAUAUUUUACGCCGACUCCGCCCACCGUGCGAAUUUCGGCCAGCGCCUGUCUGUAAAUGAAAGAGUUUCUCUCUCCUGCUCCGUGUGUGUUUCUAGCGGCCGUUGGGUAUUUGAGUAAGCUGCAACCACUUUAGCCGACGUUACUGUCUGACUGCGGCGUUGCACAAGUCGGAGACAUGUCUUCGGCACAGACAUUUUCAGACCCAAAUCAACACAAGCGUGUCUCUGCUCGGUCCAACCCUGGAUUCCUGGAGCGAUUGAGUGACACUGCAGGAGGAACGGUUGUCGGUGUCGGACUGUUUUUCCUUUCAUUCUAUGUUCUUUUUACCAAUGAGGGACGAGCUCUGCAAACGGCAUAUUCCCUGAAUGAGGGUCUUGCUCAGGUUGUGUUGUUGGGGCCUUUCUCCAGCCUCGACCUGCAGAACAACAACCGCUUAGUUCAUCUGUCUUCACAGCUGCGCACUUCACAGCCCCUCCAUGACCCCAACUACAGAGUUGCAGUGCAGGCAGUGAAGCUGAAGAGGCAGGUAGAGAUGUAUCAGUGGGUGGAGUACCAGGAGAGCAAGGACUACCAAGAGGACGGUGAGACCAAAACUGAGACGACGUACAACUACAACACAGAGUGGAAAUCUGAGUUGGUCAAUAGUCGUCAUUUUGAUAAAGAAAUUGGCCACCAGAACCCAAGUGCCAUGGCGGUUGAGAGUGUCACAGUCGUGGCCCCUGAAGUCGGAGUUGGACCUUUCAGCCUCUCUAAAGGCCUUGUGGAGCAGAUAAAUAACUUCCAGACGCUGAGGCUAAGGGAUUUUUCUACCUUUGAUUUGGACCCUUUUCUCAGCGUUGAUGACGAUUAUUUCUAUCACACUCAAAACCCACAGAGGCCGGAGGUUGGGGAUGUGCGUGUGAGAUUCUCCUUUGCUGGACUGAGCGGGGAGACAUCUCCCCUCGGCCGGGCUCAAACUGUCAGCAUUGUGGCCAUGCAGAGAGGGGAGCAGCUGACGCCUUUUAAAACUAAGUCAGGAGACACACUGGAGAUCAUCUACCUCGAGGAGCUCUCUGCAGAGGAGGUUUUUACAAAAGAACUCCAGUCCAACAGCAUGAAGACAUGGGGCCUCCGGGCUGCCGGCUGGGCCCUCAUGUUCCUCAGUAUUCAGCUGACCAUGCGCAUCGUCUACACACUGGUGGAUUGGGUUCCUGUUCUCAGAGAGCUCGUGUCUGUGGGGCUGAAGAUCUUCGCCCUGAGUGUCUCCUGCUCUCUCUCCCUUCUCACCAUCGGAGCGGGUUGGCUUUUUUACCGACCAUUAGUGGCUGUGGCUCUGGGAGGUCUCGCUCUGCUACCGGUGUUUCUCGCCCGCUCACGACUUCCAGCCAAAAAGAAUGAAUGACUUUUUAACUGAUGAGUAUCACAACCACUUCUGAUGCCUCGCUGCAGCUAUUCAUCUGAGAAAGGACGGUAACGAGCAGCGUUUUCUCCACUGCAGGUUUCUAAACCACGUAGUUCUUGGGGAGAACACACAUUAUAUAGUGAUUAAUGUGUUUAUGAAGUUAAAGUCUGCAUAUAGUUAUUUAUUUUUGGAUGAAAAGAAAUCACACAUCAACCAGGGCUGAUGUUGGCCAUCGGACCCGAGAGGAAGCUGUUGUUGUUGCCUUCAGACCACAAAUGUUCAGAUGUGGCCGUUCAAAAGUGAAUCCGCACAUUAAAAUCCUCACUGCCUAACGUCCUCAUCUUUAUAUAUUGUUGCUCCCAAUGAACAACACAAGAUUACUGUUGUCUCAUUUGACUGUCAAAUACUUUUUGUCCACAAAGCAUACCGAGUUGCUGGUUGAUUAGGUCCGCCUAGCUAAAACAAGCAGUCCAAUACAACAGCCCUGCAGUAAACUCUGUUAUCAUGAAUGUUAUACUCAUCAGCAUUUGUUGCAAUUAUUGUAGGUGUUGAUUCAACUUCAUGGUCAUUUUUUAGGGCUGCAGUUUGAGGUACCGUUGAACUGUACUAUACUGAAUGUGAUUACAUUUAUCGCUGUAAGCCGGGUUUACAGCAUAUUUACUUCAACAAAACCUGAUUAUAACCUUCAUGUUUGUUCGUGCCAAAACAAGUGAUCUAUCAUAUUUUCUCCUUAUCUGCAACACUUGAGGAAAUAGUGUUGCAUUUUCUAAAUAUAUUAUUUUUCAUAUACGGUAUUUGUUCAUUAAUUAUAACACCAAAUGACUUGAGGUGGUGUUGGAAAAUGGAUGUCUGUUAAAAUACCUAACAGAAUCUGCAAAUGUGUGGUGUAUUGUUUUGUUAGGCAUGCAUGUAAAAUAAAUCAUUGUCGAAGA